UCACUAAAACGGGCAAAUAAAAUGAGCAAAGUCUCAAACCUGCGUCAGGACUACGACUCCCAUGGUAACAGCAGAGUGGUGACGACAAAUGUGUGCGCCGUAGUCAGUCUUGGGUUAGACGCGAUCUGUGUUGCUAAAUGUUCAACGCAGAAUUCUAAGGUGUCACAAUGUUAACAAAGUCUUCAGUUGAAGAUGAUGAUGGUGGCUGGGGGCUGGGAAUCCCAGAGAAAAUGAAGAACAACGCCAACUGGGUGGAUAUUACACAUGAGUUUAAAGGGGCGUGCAAAGAACUGAACCUUGGCGAAUUGCUUCAUGACAAGCUGUUCGGCUUGUUUGAGGCCAUGUCAGCCAUUGAGAUGAUGGAUCCUAAAAUGGAUGCUGGGAUGAUUGGUAACCAGGUCAACAGAAAAGUUCUCAACUUUGAACAAGCAAUUAAGGAACAUGCCAUUAAAGUGAGAGAUUUGAGUCUCCCUGAACUUAUUGGGAUAAUUGAUACGUGUUUCUGCUGUCUGAUCACAUGGCUGGAAGGUCAUUCUCUGGCACAGACUGUCUUCACAUGCCUGUACGUCCACAACCCUGACCUAAUUGAGGAGCCCGCCCUCAAAGCAUUUGCGCUCGGCAUCCUGAAGGUUUGCGACAUUGCUCGGGAAAAGGUCAACAAAGCAGCCGUGUUUGAGGAGGAGGACUUUCAAGCCAUGACCUACGGCUUUAAAAUGGCCAACAACGUUACAGACCUGCGAGUGACUGGUAUGCUCAAAGAUGUGGAGGAUGAGCUUCAGAGAAAAGUGAAGAGCACACGUAGUCGACAGGGCGAGCAGCGAGAUCCAGGGGUUGAGCGAGAGCAUCAGCAGUGCUUGGCUCUGUUCAAUAGGAUUAAAUUCACCAGGCUUCUGCUCAGUGCAUUGAUCGCCUUCACAAAGAAAGAGACCAGCUCUGUAAGCGAAGCCCAGAAGCUGGUGGUGCAGGCCGCGGACCUGUUGUCGGCCGUUCAUUCGAGCAUAGAGCACGGAAUCCAGUCUCAGAACGACACCACUAAAGGAGAUCACCCCAUCAUGAUGGGAUUUGAACCCCUGGUGAACCAAAGACUGCUCCCACCCACCUUUCCCCGCUACGCCAAAAUCAUCAAGCGAGAGGACAUGGUGGCCUAUUUCAGUAAACUUAUCGAGCGCAUCAAGACGGUCUGCGAGGUCAUCAACACCACCAACCUGCACGGCAUUUUGGAUUUCUUCUGUGAGUUCAGUGAGCAGUCUCCAUGUGUGCUGUCCCGGUCGCUCCUGCAAACAACAUUCUUAAUAGACAACAAGAAGGUGUUCGGUGCUCAUCUGAUGCAAGAUAUGAUUAAAGAUGCUCUCAGAUACUUCGUCAGCCCACCAGUGCUGUCGUUCAAAUGCUGUUUAUUCAACAACCAUCAAGCUAAAGACUACAUCGACUCCUUCGUCACUCACUGCUCCAGACCGUUCUGCAGUCUGAUUCAGAUCCAUGGUCACAAUCGAGCCCGGCAGAGAGACAAGCUCGGGCACAUUCUUGAGGAGUUUGCAACACUGCAGGAUGAGGCAGAGAAGGUCGAUGCAGCGCUGCACAGCUUACUGAUGAAACUGGAGCCUCAGCGACAGCACCUAGCUUGUCUUGGCACGUGGAUCCUCUACCACAACCUGAGGAUCAUGAUCCAGUACCUGCUGAGUGGCUUCGAGCUGGAGCUUUACAGCAUGCACGAAUAUUACUAUAUAUACUGGUAUCUGUCUGAGUUCCUCUACGCCUGGCUGAUGUCCACGCUGAGCCGAGCAGACUCCUCCCAAAUGGCUGAGGAGCGGAUUCUGGAGGAGCAGCUGAAGGGUCGCAGCAGCAAGAAGAUCAAGAAGAAGAAGAAAGUCCGUCCUCUGAGUAAGGAGAUCACGAUGAGCCAGGCGUACCAGAACAUGUGUGCGGGCAUGUACAAGACCAUGGUGGCCCUGGACAUGGACGGGAAGGUGCGCAAGCCUCAGUUUGAGCUUGACAGCGAGCAGGUCCGCUACGAACAUCGGUUUGCCCCCUUCAACAGCGUGGUGACCCCGCCACCCGUGCACUACAUCCAGUUCAAGGAAAUGUCUGACCUGAAGAAGUACAGUCCUCCGCCGAGCUCGGCCGACCUUUACAUGGCAGCCAGCAAACACUUCCAGCAAGCCAAGCUCAUCUUAGAAAAUGUACCAAGUCCAGACCCAGAGGUGAAUCGUAUACUGAAGGUGGCCAAACCCAACAUUGUGGUGAUGAAGCUGCUGGCAGGUGGACAUAAGAAGGAGACAAAGGUGCUCCCGGAGUUCGACUUUUCUGCUCACAAGUAUUUUCCUGUGGUCAAGAUCAUCUGACUCUGGAGCUGCUCUUCAUCCUCCAUCUGAUCAGACUGUGUGUGUGCGUGUGCGUAAAUGUUUUUGAGUGUUUGAUACACUCAAGGUCGCCUUGACGAGGUGAACCACGGACAACUGAGAACUCACAACUGGACCUGAACUCAGUGUUCUGCGUCUACGUGACAUAAGCAGGCCGACGGGCAUUUUUAUGCUGUUUCUAUGACGAUUAUUUCCAGUUUGAAAAAUAAAUGCUUGAUAUUACAGAGCAUGCUUAUUGCUACAUGACUUCAACAGAAUAA